AUUAACUUAAAAUAAAAUUAAGAAAACACUAUACAUAUGCCUAGCAGCUCCUGAAAGGUCAUAAAACUGAAGGGGGAAAAAUUUAAAUAAGAUACAUUUCUGAAUCUUACUAAGAGUGAGAAACUAACGGCCCUUCUCGUUGUCCAAUCACAUCGACCGUGGACAUUUGAAAGUAUACUUCCGUCCGCCUUUUCAUCCUUUUGAAAUGCAAGAUGCAGACGAGUUCGGACGCUGAGACAGUAGCAGACGGCCCAGGACUUGUGUCCACAGCUGUCCAAGUUCUUGCCACUAUAUUCAAAAAUGAAAAGGAGUGCAAACGAAGGAUAUACAACGUUCACAAUCUUGAACAGCUCGUAAACAACACCCUUUCAGAAGAACCAGGGUUUGCAUUUGACAGAGUCCUGAAAUACCACACAGACUUUCAAGAAUUUGUGGAUGUAGACAGAUCCGUGGCUGUAAAGAACUUCGACAGAUUCCAGAUCUUCAUGGUUAAGACAGAAGCACCAACCCAGACAAAUUCUGGAAACAUCUGUCAAACAGAGUGUGCCUGCAGCCUUUACUGCAGAAAAAAGCCCCUCAGAUCAUUGAUGAACAUCAAAAAACAGGGACACUGAAAACAGAGUCAAGACGACUUCUGGUGAAAGUGUGUGUCGCAGACCUCGUGGAGAAGCAUGGCUUUUAUCCACCAGGCACUGAAAAAGUCGCUUUAGCCAAGGCUAUAAUCAGUGUGUUCCCAUUGCUGCGCAUCCAAGUGGAAGGAGAAGGAUUUAUGUGGGACAAAGUCACUAAUUUGCAAGUCACAAGUCUCGAGUCCAACCAAUCAAGUCCAAGUCAAGUCGCAAGUCAUUCCUUAUUUUGUGAUUUUAAGUCGAGCAUUUUUAUGAUCCUUUGUCCCAUUGCGGAUUCUUGGAAAUGAGGCUCAGGAACAUCCGUCGAAAAUUAGACACCAGUCAGCGUCGCUACAAGCGCAAAAGGGGUUCUCUGUCAAUACCACGAGGGCCAGGAUCAGAAGAGGGCCAGCAGGACUGCAGUGAAUGGAUCACUCUGAUGAGACGCCUCCGACCCACCUCAGAGAACAUUCCAUCAAUAAAGUCGGGAAUGGAACAAACAUACAACAGCCGCAGGGCAUGGAUCUCCAAGGACUCCCCCUCCAUGGGCGACAUCUUUGAGAAAUAUCCACGCUUUCUGGAUAUGCCAAGUUUGCUGGAUGUUGAGUUUGGCAAAAUGACUGACGGGAAAUCAGACCAGUUCAUCAGAAAAUGGGAACCGAGUAUCAUUCCAAAGCUGAAAGCAGUAGCUGCCAAGGAGAAGGGUGUGGUUGCCUCUCUUAUCGAGCAGUUGGAUGACCAGACUGAUGAUGAAAGAUGCUACACAGUUCUCACCCAUCUUCUGCCACCGAUGCCAGGAAGUCGCUGCAGUGUUAAAUCUGCGAUAUCUUUUCUUGUUGAUUUUGUGCAGACUGGAACCAACUUUGAAUCCCUCUAUACUGACACUGAGAUGGAAUCAAGGACCCAACCACAAGUGGUCUGCAUUGGAAGCCUGAAGAGUCCGACACGACAGUACGUCAUCACUGCCAGGAAUGACCACGUGACCAUUCCCGUUGCUGAUGGCCUGACCUGCGCAAUUGACAAGCUGUUCAAGCUUUACUGGGUGUGUAACUUGGCAUAUCCACCACAGCUCAGCUCUGUUUUCACCUUCUUUGAAUGUGUAUGACGUAACCAUCUCAACCAACAAGCGAGCCAAGGUACUAGAACUUCUCUCAGAGCUUCAAGCUGCUCAGUAAUCACUCAACAACAUGUAUACAUGUCCAAAGUGUAAACAGUUACUACCUACAGACAUCAAGAAAGUAAUCUGGCAUCUUCGUGAAGUACACGCUUUAUCAGAUGGACAAAAUAUGACGAUAAUUUGCAGCCAAGAUGGCUGUCCAAGGACUUACCAUAACUUCAAUUCAUUUUCGAAACAUCUACGUAGACACCACCAGUCCACAACACCACAAAUGGAUAAUGUGUCUUUUAAUGACUCUUUUGAAUCUACUGACAUUCAGACCUCAGCCUAUGCAAUGUCAAGUAACACACCUGGUACUGAAGAAACAGCAUUGUGUAUUCCAUCUCAAGCUGCCAUUCCUAGUGACACUGUUGCCUCCUUUGUUGCAAAAAUGUACUGUUCUUCGAAUAUAACUUUAGCAGAUGUAACAAGAAAUGUUUCAUGUACACAAGAGGUGUUAGAGAGAACUGUAUCUAGCCUUCAGCACUCGACCACUCAAUUGUUAAGUAAUACGCAGGUACCACUUGACUGUGAGCCUGUCCAGUCGUUACUACAAGAAUUUGAAACUGCUAAACAAAUGUUUAAAGAUGUAGACACACCUUUCAAAAUGAACAAAUAUUUUGAAGAAAAUUUUGAUAUGGUAAAACCAAAAGAAAUAUUUCUUGGUCAUAGGGCAGACACAGCAAGAAAACAGGGACAAGUGAAACAGGUGUUGGCAGCAGAUACAUGUCAGUAUGUGUCUAUAAUUGAGACUAAGUUUUUGUUUAGUAAUGAUCAGAUGCAAAAGGUUUACAUGGAGUACAGAAAGCAAAGUGAAGGGAAAAUGCAGAACUACUGUGAUGGCUCUCAGUUCUCGUCUCACCCUUUGUUUAAGAAAUGUCCUCAAGCCCUGCAAAUACAGUUGUAUUUCGAUGACGUGGAAACAACCAAUCCUUUGGGUACAAAAACAAAAAUUCACAAAAUGGGUGCCGUUUAUUUUUGUUUGAAAAAUCUCCCACCAGAAUAUAAUUCUUCACUGUCAAAUAUUCACUUAUGUCUUUUGUUUAAUUCAAUUGACCGAGAUACAUAUGGAUAUGGUAAGAUUUUGGAACCACUGAUAGAGGACAUUAGACUUCUUGAAACUGCUGGUGUAGACGUAAACAUUCUAGGGCGUAGCUCUAAACUGUAUGGAACGAUCUGCGUUUUAACAGCAGACAAUUUGGCUAUCCAUUCCCUGUGUGGAUAUACGGAAAGCUUUUCAUCAAACAAGUACUGUCACUUUUGUAUGGUUGACAAAGCAGGUGCCCAGUCUAUUUUUGAUGAAGAUAACAUUGAGAAGCGUACUCAAGAAAACUAUGAGCAGCAUGUCGUGCUCAAUGAUCCGUCUUCAACUGGAGUUAAAGAGAACUCUUGUUUAAACAAACUUCAUUAUUUUCAUGUUACAGAGAACACUUGUGUAGACAUUAUGCAUGAUAUACUCGAGGGAGUGGCCCCUUUAGAGGUCAGGUUAAUGUUACGUCAUUUCAUUUACGAGGAAACGCUUUUUGAUCUUGAACUCCUGAAUCAUAGAAUGACAAGUUUUGACUAUGGUUACGGAAAUGAGAAAAACAAGCCAACUGUAAUCCUUAAUUUGAGAACAUCUGACAAUGCAGUAAAACAGACUGCAUCACAGAUGUGGUGUCUUAUUCAGGUUUUACCCUUUUUAAUUGGGGAUCUUGUAAGUCCGACAAGCCAACAUUGGCAUCUUUUCAUUUUGUUAAGGGAGAUAUGCAGCAUUGUUUUUGCGCCUGUUGUUACUUAUGGCCUUGCAGCUUUUUUGAAGCAACUGAUUAUUGAACACCACACGAUGUUUAAAAAGCUUUAUGAAAGAAACCUCAUACCCAAGCAUCAUUUUAUGAUACAUUAUCCCCGCAUGAUGGUAAUGUUUGGACCCAUUUCUCAAAUGUGGUGCAUGCGGUUUGAAUCAAAGCAUAAUCCUUUAAAAAGACAUGCUCAUAUUGUUGGAAAUUUCAAAAAUAUUUCAAAAACGUUAAGUUAUAAGCAUCAAGUUCAGCAGAUGUACCAUUUCAAGCUUGGUGAGCCGUUUUUUUUUUUUUUUUUAAGAAAAUUGAAAUUACAAAUGCAUAGCCCGUUAUCAUUAGUUCCUUACAAAAAGCUAAUGUUGUGCUUGACAACCUGAGAGUCAACCGGACCUUACUUUAAACAGCACUGUCUAUGUGACUCAGUGUCAGCAUGUUUGGUCACACUUGUAGGACAGGCUGUGUACUGAUUCUGAAGGCAGACUGCAAGGGUGAGCCUUUGUUUGGAGAGAUUCUCCAUAUUUUACCACAAAAUGACAAUGUAUCCGUUUUUAUGCUUGUAAGGAUUGUUACAGUGGAUCAUUUUUUUGCAUAUGCUGUACAGAAAACGAACGAUUGUGAAAUGAUAAGUAUAACGGAUGUGGCAGAUGUUAGACCCAUUGAUAAUGCAGAGUUUUCAUUCAGAUGAACUGUAUCUUAACCCAAGGUACAAGGUCUUGUAAGUUCUGAACUGUUUUUUCCUCUAAUGUUGGAGCCUAUAUAUUUCUUAAAGAAUGUUAUGAUGAACUCAAUUUUUAAUACUUGAUAAGACUUUUUUCUUUUCAGUUGGCUGGUAUUAUAUUAUAUGUAUCAUAUGUACUUUGAGGGUGAUAAUAAAUGGAGUGAAUUAA